AUGAUCCACUUCGUACGAGUCUUCGUAUACUUCCUCCUGUUUAUCUUUUCAGUCGUCCUUAUGGCGCUGUGCGCAGUAAGGCUGCACUACACUACACACCUGUCGCCACUUGAUCCUCUGAACGGAGGCGUCCGGUUUUACGAUCACAUCGUGGUUGAACUGCUCGUAACAUCUAUCAUCACCAUAGUCUGGUCCGCGUUUAUUGCCCGAACUAUACACGGCAGACACGAGCAUCGUAGGAUGAACACCUUCACAGCAGAGCUCGUUGGGUUGUUUGUCCUUUUCCUCCUUUGGCUCGUCGGCGCUGCCAUUGCCACACACACCAGCAACCCACCUGAUGUUGACGUCAGGUGGGGUAACCUUUCUUCUUGCUGGACGUACAGCACGUGUAGGAUCCUCACUGCGCUGCUCGCAUUCGCUUGGCUAGGCUGGAUCCUCGUCUUAGCCCUCUUUAUGAUGUCAUUGCUGUUCGCGAUUGCCAAUAAGGCAUUCCACGAUCCGAUGCAUGGGCGCUGGGAUCGCCGCGCCACAAACUACGGAGGAGACUUGUCUAUGCGUAACAUCGUCAGGUGA